AUGAAGUAUCUCCUUGGAGCUUCCUUGGCCACUUUGGCCGCCGCGGCGUCUUCGUCUGCCCCGGCCUCUGCACCAACUGGUGCUACCUACGCAAGCGGCUUUGACAUGAAAAAGCACUGGGCCAAUCUGAGCCCAUACAAGGACGCUGAUAGCUUCGGUGUUCCCAGCGGCGUGCCGGCAGGCUGCGAAUUGUCUCAGGUGCAUGUUCUUCAUCGCCAUGCUGAGCGCUUUCCUACCAAUUACCCUCUUGAUGGAGAGGGUAUGCAGGACUUUGCUGCCAAAGUGACCAAUUACUCCAAGAAGCAUCCUGGAAAGGCUGUGGGCACUGGCCCCCUGAAGUUUUUGAACGACUGGAACUAUGUUCUUGGCUCGGACAUCCUCAUGGAGUCUGGUGCUGCCACCGAGGCUACUUCUGGUGCCCAUUUCUGGACCAAGUACGGUCGGCUCUUGUAUCAAACCAACAAGAGCACGGUGGCUGCUUGGGAUUCAUCUCUGAAUGUCUGGCCCAAUGGCACUUCUCGCCCGAAGCCCGUCUUCCGUACAACUUCCCAGUCUCGUAUCUUGGAGAGUGCGCGCUGGUGGCUCAGUGGUUUCUUUGGCAACAGCGGUGCCAACAGCUCUUACGAUCAAUAUGAUCUUGUUAUCAUCCCCGAGGUGUACCCAUUCAACAACACCCUGGCCUCGUACGACUCUUGCAACGGGGACAUGACUGAAGGUGACAACGCUGCUGAAGUCUUCAUUGCUCGCUACACUCAGGACGCUCGCUCUCGCCUGUUGGCCUACUUCCCUGGCGACUUCAACCUGACCGCUUCCGACGUGCUCGCCAUGCAGAACAUUUGUGUUUACGAGUACACGAGCCUUUCCGGCUCGUCCUUUUGCUCCCUCUUUACCGAACAGGAAUGGAAGGACUUUGAGUACAACAUCGACGUGCAAUACUAUGGAGACUACGCCUACGGUUCCCCUACCGGCCGCGCCCAGGGCAUUGGCUACCUUGUUGAACUCGCUGCUCGUCUCGAGCAGAAGCUCCUCACAUCCAGUGAUACCAGUGUCAACUACACCUACGACAACAACGAGAAUCAGUUUCCUUUCGGCCAGCCUUUUUACAUGGAUAUGUCCCAUGAUGACAUAAUAUUGUCCGUUAUCUCGGCUCUUGGCCUGGAAUACUUCAAUUACGGACCCAAGGGUUUACCAGUUCAGUUAGACCACGCCCCUGAGCGCAAUUUCCAACUAAGUGAGAUGACUCCUUUUGGUGCUCGCUUCAUGUCCGAGAUCUGGACUUGCCCUUCGAACACGACGUUUGAAACUUUAAACCCCAUUCUCUACACUAACCCUGAGUUGGGCACGAAGGGUACCAAGGACUACAUCCGCUUCGUGCUGAACAAUGCCCCGUUGCCCAUGCAGGGUCUUGUUGGCUGCGAGCACGCCAAGAACGGAUUUUGCCCUGUUGACAAUUUCCUGAAGGAUGUUCCUAAUCUGAAGGAGAAGGCUAUGUACCAGAAGGCGUGCUUCGGCAACUACACCACUGGAAACCAGGUUGGCGACGGCGCCCCCGAAUCUUAG